AUGCCGUUCUUUAACCCCAAAAUCAAGACUCAGAUCCACAUCAUAUCGCUCCUACUGGCGAUUGGGGCCAUGGCUGGGUCAGGUACCCGGAUAGCGCUUGCCGAGAUGCCCAUGAUGCGGCCGGACAUGAUGGCACUUGCUGCAGGUGGCAAGUCGAUCGCGGUGAUAGGCUACCAGCUGAUCACCCAUCAUGUUCGGGCCUGCAGGCGGGCCGCGAGCCGAAAGGCCAACCUGGUCCUCAACGCCCUUGAGGUGUUGUUCUGGGCCGCCGUGGCUGGGUUGGGCGUCCAGACAAACACGAAUGUGUGUAAGCUGGAUGGGAACCCCUUAAUCACAAGUUGCAUCAUAAGCUGGGCUGUCUCGGGCGCGGCUGCUAUUCUUUGUUUGCUUGCCAUUUAUUCGGUGGGAGUAUCCGUGGUAGAGCUCCGCCAGCCCCGCCAUGGUAAGGAUGAAGCCGAAUUCAUCUCACUGCCCGACAUGUACGAGGACACCAGCCCUCUGCGCCCAGUGCCCCCAGUGCCGUACAGCUCCGGCUACCCUCCACGGGGACAUUGA